ACGCGAUCGCGGGUACUUGGUGUGCGUCUGGGCGUGCUCGGGGGGUCUCGAUCAGAGAGCGAGCUCGUCGGAACUCGGAACCGCGGCGAGGGUUAGUGUUGGGAAUCGUCCGGAUUGUGAUACUCUUGUGACACACAGCGUGGGACGCAGGGGCGCGAACUUUCCUCGCCUCGGCCGGCCGCGGGGCCCCGUGGUUGGGUCCGAUGGAAAUUUCCGUUUCCCCUUGCGAGCAGCGAGAGCAGCCUACCUCGUGUUCCUGCCGAUUCGCGAGGAUUCGAAGGAUGCCGGCGCGCGAUUAUCGGCGAACGUCGUGGAAAGUGUCGAGCCACACGUAGGAGCUUCGAGGUUUGUGUUCGAGAGAAAAGAGCGAGACAGAGAGAGACUGCUCUUCGGUAUCGUUGAUCUCGCCGCCGCUUGUCGAUGAUGCCGCGGCCCUCGCGCGAUACCUAUGGUGAUCAGAAACCACCCUACUCCUACAUAUCGCUGACGGCGAUGGCGAUAUGGUCAUCGAGGGACAAAAUGCUGCCACUCGCCGAGAUUUACAAGUUUAUCGCCGACCGCUUCCCGUAUUACAGAAAGGACACGCGACGAUGGCAGAACUCCUUGAGGCACAACUUGUCCUUCAACGAUUGCUUCAUUAAGGUACCGCGCGGUCCACACCGGCCGGGAAAGGGAGCCUACUGGGCCUUGCAUCCCGCCGCAUUGUCCAUGUUCGAGAACGGUUCGCUCCUCCGCCGACGGAAGCGCUUCAAGCUUCACAAGCCGGACAAGGAACUGCUCAAGUCCGAGCUGCAGGCGCUCGCUUCGGCGAUGCCGCCGCCGUUACCGCCUCCACCGCCACCGCCGCCGCCACCGCCGCCGCCACAGCCGCAGCCACAACCGCAGCCGCACUCGCACUCGGAAUCGGCGGUCGCGUCGACCGGCGGAAUCGUCGACGCGAGCGUCACGUGUCCCGGCAACGGUCUCAGCCUGGCGAAUCUUCAUCGUCUACGGGACGAUCUGCUCCGAUGGGAGAUACAGGAGAGGCGAAUGAUGGUCGCGAGCGCCUCGAAUCACAGCGCGGAUUUCGGCACGGCCGGCUUCGGCCGAUUCGACGGCGGUACCGCCGGCCUGCCGACCGGACCGACCGCGCCGGAAGCCGUCACCGCCGGCUAUUAUCUGCUGUCACCCGAAGUGAGACAGAGACUCGCGGGCGGUGCCACGGACGGCGGUAACGAGAUCUUGAGGACGUACGAGGCCGCUGCGUUGCUGCACUCCGCCGCUUCUUGGAACUUCCCCGGCUUUCCGGCGGUCUCGCCGUCGUACGCGGUGUCGCAGCUACCGUAUCUUCAGCAGACCGCCAGCAGGCAGGCCAUCCAUUCGACGCGGGACAUGCGGGACGAGCGUCGUCUGUCGAGCGACCGCGCCGCGCUGGAGAAUGGCGGCUCGGUGCUCGCCGUUACCACCGGCAGGGAUAGCGAGACGACGAUCUUCACGGGUGAAAAUGCUUACGAGAUCACGGGCUACAAUCGCGACAAACUCGGCGUCGAGGAGGAGCCACUCUCGUCGUCCUCGUCCUCGUCCUCGUCGUCCAGAAUGAAUCUUUAUCGAAGCACCGCCGUGACUACCGCCUCGUCGCCACCAACGUCGCCCACCUCGCCGAACUCGCUCGCGUCCAAAACGUCCUCCUAUCGCCACUUGUCGCCAAUCUCGAGUUUGGCGGUGGAGGUCGAGCGAACGCAAUUGCCCUCCAAUCGCGAGGAUCAAGUCGUUCUGACCGCGGCGAACACCGAGAAGAGGGUCAAAAAACCAUUUACUAUCGAGAACAUUAUCGCGCCCGACGACAACAACGAGGCUAGUGGCGACAGUGGCGGUGGCGGUGGCGGUGGCAGUGGCGGUAUCGGUGUCGGUGUUGGUCUUGGUACUGGUGCUGGCGACGAGGAGACCUCGAGGUUGAUCGACGAGCCGAUCGCGAAAAAGUCCUCGCUCCUCAUGCCGAGGCCGCUUUACGCCGGGUACUCGAUGUCGAUCGCGACCACGGGUGUUCAGAGGCCAUCUUACGGCACCGCUACUUGAACUCUAUCCAUUGUCCUGAUCGACUUGUUAUCAAACGGAUUAGCCGAGCAACGCGAAAUUUAUGCAUAGUAAUGCAUCUUGAAGAUGUCGAAGAAUGUUUUCUUAAAGAAAUUUCCGAGAGUGCUUCAACAUCUCCGUGUCCCUCGGAUGUGCCGUUUGCGAUUCAAAUCACCUUCAUUUAUCUGGUAAGAGCGAGAGAUAAUAAUCCAUGCUACUUUUAUACGUUUAUAAUGUACGAAAAUUUAUAUUACGUUU